AUCAACUCGACCCGGUCCAACCAUUGAAAUUCCGAGCGGAACCGACGCCUGAACUGGCCUGAAAAUCUUAGAUCUCUCCGUCGUCUCCCACUCCCGUCUGUCGGGACCGUAGGUAUCCGCCAUCCUCGCCGGUCAAACAGGGUUUCCAACCAGGAACUCUAGUAUCUGCUCUCUCCUCGGAUUCCAUCGCGGCACCAUACAUCUCGUUCUUUCACGUUAAUAACAUAUCGAGCUCUCCUGAUCACCUAGUUAGCCAUUUUUCAUGCUUAUAGAAGUCUCAUUUUUCCGACAUCUUCUCGAACAAAAACGCGAUUCUCUUCUUAUUUCUUCUUCUUCUUUGAUGUUGAAACGCAUGCUUAGUUUAAUCUUUGAAUUGCCUGUGUUGGUCCGGCAGAUAUGUUAGCUUCUGGUAGAGGUGCUUUCUCUGCCCUGCAUUUUCUGUCGAAGAGGGCAUUUUCGCAGGGUCAAGUUGAGGCGUUUUGUGCCAGCAAGAGUAUUUUGCAUUCCAAACCCGUUGGCUGUGAGGAAACUAUCAGGGAUUCAUUAGGGUUUGCAGAAUGGCAUAAUGGUGGCGGCCUUUUUCACAGGUCUGCUCAUGUUGAUCCUAGUGUAUUUAUAGAAAUCGGUGCAAUAGUCCAUCAGAAAGCCAUUAUUGGAGCUGAAGUGCAUAUUGGAUCCGGCUCCAUAGUGGGGCCUUCUGUGUCAAUAGGGCAAUCAACUAACAUUAGGUAUAACACUGUAUUAAGCAAUUGCUCUGUGGGCAUGUCAUGUGUUAUCCACAAUGGCUCCUCUAUUGGUCAAGAUGGUUUCGGAUAUUUCGUUGAUGAGGAGGGAAAUAUGAUGAAGAAGCCUCAAUCGCUCUACGUCAGGAUUGGAGACCAUGUAGAGAUUGGUGCAAAUUCUUGUAUUGAUAGGGGAAGCUGGAGAGACACUGUUAUAGGAGAUUAUACCAAGAUUGAUAACUUAGUACAGAUAGGUCAUAAUGCUGUUAUAGGGAAGUGUUGCAUACUGUGUGGACAAGUUGGUAUAGCUGGUUCUGUUACGAUUGGAGAUUAUUGCACUUUGGCUGGGCGGGUAGCUGUGAAGGACCAUGUUACUAUUUCUUCAAAGGUCCGGCUCGCAGCAAACAGCUGUGUGACUAAGGAUGUCGGAGAACCUGGAGACUAUGCCGGUUUUCCAGCGGUCCCUAUCCAUCAGUGGAGGAGGCAAUCUGCUACUCUUAGGCGACUUUCUAAGAAAGACCCUAAAAAAUUAGAUGUUGAUCAAAGGAUUGCAAAUAGAAUAUAUACUGGAAGGUGCACAUGAUCACGUAUAAAUUCUAAAGGACUGCUACUAUUGCCAACUUCUUAGUUUGUUUAUGUCGUGUUAUGUAUGUGUUCUCAAUGGGGCUAUAACACAUCACAAUGACAUUGAUUUUAUGAUAUUCUAUUGUUGAUGUUGUACUAUCU